UUCUGGGUAAUAGUUCAUUAUUCUUGUAAAAAUAACAUUUGAGAUGUGAAUUAUAGUUUUUUAAUGGCGUUUUUAAGAUAUUUAAUUUAUACAUGUAUUUUUUUGUAGAAUUGGGAAGACAUUGCCCCAAUAAGACAUGCAAUGAACAUCGAAAGUGGAGACAGACUCUUCACAAUAGCAUCAUGCGGUGCCAAUGCUAUGACCCUUCUACUCGAUGAUCCUGCUGAAGUUGUGGCCCUUGAUUUAUCAAUUCCACAGCUACAUUUGGCAAAGUUACAAGCAGCUUGCAUUAAACAUCUGUCACACCAAGAAUUCAUUGACUUCACUGGAGUCGACAGGGAGAAUGUAAAACCUGAAGAGCGGGUCAGAAUAUACAGAGCCAUUAAAGGGUCUCUUGAGCUGCCAACCCAGGAAUAUUGGGAUUCUCGUAUGGAAGCUGUUGAAUUCGGUGUUAUGCACUGUGGUGACUUUGAUAUCAAUAUUCGUACUGCAGCCGAGGAUUUUUUCUUUGUUGCUCUGGACCAAUCAGACAUCAAGAGGUUCCUAUCCAUGGGAGAUGAUAUGAAGGAGCAGUCUGAUUUUUUUGAGAACGUAAUGAACACAAAAUAUUUCCGAAGGGCAGUGAAAAGGUUAAUUCAACGUUUACUGUCUGAUUUCAACUUAUCCAUCUUUCCUGACGUGGACUAUCCCAAGUUCUAUGGGAGGAGAAUGGAAGAGAUUUGCAAGACCAUCCCAGCGAAAAGAAACCACUGCAUAGAGUACAUUCUCACUGGAGGCUACUCGGGGAAAUACAACUUACGAGAUUAUCAACUAAAAGAGAAUUUCCCAAUUCUGAAAGAGAGGAUUGAUCGUUUGGAAUGGAUACAAGGUGAACUCACUGAUUGGCUCAGAAAAUACCCGUUGUCUAAGCAACCAAUGUUUGAUUGUGUAUGUGUCUCGAAUGUAACAGAUUGGUUAACGAUUGAAAAUCAUAACUUGGCUAUUCGAUCAGCCGGGAAAAUCUGCAAACAGGGAGGGCGGAUUGUCUUCUGGAAUGGUCAAGGCAUGGCUAAGUAUUGGCCUAGUGAGAUGGUCGAUACUGUCCUCAAGGUGGAGCAUGAGAUAGAAGCAGAAUGUGUUAAAUAUGAUAGGAUGAUAUUUUGGGAACCACUUAGAGUGGCAACUGUCUUAUAAGAAAUAUUGAACUCUAAGAAUAGUGUGGUAUACUCAAUUUGGGAAUUACUAUAAUUUUAUAAGAAACAACUCAACUGUUAUGCAUUGUAAGGCUAUUAAGAUAAUGUUACCUAUUCUAUUGAGGUCCAUUAGGGGUUGUUUCACCCACUGAGCUAGCAAUCUCUGGCCCUGUGCUGUACGACAUUUGUUCAGCAAAUCAAGAACACUUUGGUUCCUGUUCAGAACUCCUAGAAGUAGAUAUAAUGGAUAAUAUUACCAUUUCAUACCAUAACGCAC